AUUUCAAUUUCAAUUUCAAUUUCAGGGUAGACAAAACCCCUCUCAAUAGGUAAACCUCCUCUUGAAAGAGAGAGAAAGAAAUACUAACGAGCCUAAAAGGCCUAAUAAUACUAAUGGGCCUAGGAGUCCGAUUUACGGCCCAUAGUGUCUCUUUAUUUUGUUUCUCUCAAAGGCACUGGGUGUGAACUCAGUAGCUUGAGACGAAGACCCGGCGGAGGAAGAUGAAGCUGAAGCAAUUAGAAGGCUUGCUGGGUGAUCUUCAACAGUUCUCUAAUCCUAAAGUUGAAUUGGAGCAGUACCCAACUGGUCCUCAUAUUGCUUCUCGCAUGCUUUUCACCGCAGAGAAUUCAUAUGGAGACAUAACUGAUAAAGUCGUUGCGGAUUUUGGCUGUGGCUGCGGUACUUUAAGUACUGCUGCUUCUCUUCUAGAUGCUGCCUGUGUGAUUGGAUACGAUAUCGACCUUCAGUCUCUUGAAACAGCAACACUUAACGCAGAGGAACUUGAGGUGGAGAUAGAUUUAGUUCAAUGUGACAUUACAAAGUUAGAGUUAAAAGGCCACCAGAUUGUGGAUACUGUUGUAAUGAAUCCUCCCUUUGGAACACGAAAGAAAGGAGCUGACAUGGAGUUCCUUUCUGCGGCUAUGAAGGUCGCCUCUCAAGCUGUUUACUCCUUGCAUAAGACAUCUACCAGAGAACACAUUAAAAGGGCAGCGUUGCGUGAUUUUAAUGCCAAAAGUGCUGAAGUUAUAUGUGAGCUCCGGUAUGACUUGCCAAAACUCUACAAGUUCCACAAACGAAAAGAAGUCGAUAUUGCGGUUGAUCUCUGGCGUUUUGAGCCUAGACAGAACUAGACCCGCCACGUCCUUGCAAUGUUUAGCUUUGAGUUGACAUUUGGUUAUAAUGUGGGAUAUUUCAUGAUAUGAACUCAAGUUUUAUAAAUGUUUGCUGAUUUGAACUAAGAAAAUGAAUCUGAAGCAGUUAGAAAGCUUGUA